GACUCGUGGCUAAGGCAGGAGAAAGUGGAGAAAGGCUCGAUGAGUUGCGACGCGAAAAUGCGGAAAAUGAAUGUGUCCUUGCAGUGCCUGGUCCUUGUGUUGUGUUCUGCACCUGAAGUUUUUGCCCUGUGAACGGAUGCCUUAAGUUGUGUGACAGCUGCCCGAAUUUUUGCCCAAAUGUCGCGAUUUAAACCCGCGCUUCAGCCCGAGAUUUUGCGGGCUCACCAGAAAGACGAGCAACACAUCUUGUCGCUGCAAAAGGAUGUGUCAGAAAUUGCCCGUGCUGUGCUCGGAAUGCGACCAUGGAUGCGGUGGCGUUUAGAGGUGGAUGCAUUAGCCAGCCUCAUAUACUACUGCGCAACGACGCUGAGUGGCUUCCAGACUUUGGGCGAGGAAUACGUGCACAUUUUGCAACUCGGCCGGUCCCUCAAGACGGUCCCCACGCUUGCUCAGAGGCUCACAUUCGUACUCUUGCAGUCAUUCGGAAGUAACUUGAUCCGCGGGACGUUAAAGCUCAUCAAGAAAGAACGAACAGUUGACGGUGAAGCGCUGAGCACGCUCGUUACAAGAGCGUUGCAAGUGCACACGAUAUUGUUCUAUCUUCUCGGCGGAUACUACAGUCCUGCCAAGAGGUUGACAGGAAUCAGAUAUGUACUGAUAAGAAACUGGCUUUCUACGCCAGAUGUUGCGCGCUACUACAAAGUGUUAGGCUGGCUGUCGCUCAUUGAGUUCGGGGUGUCACUUCAGUCAGCUGUUAGGUCGCUCAAAACGUCGGGAACCAGUGAUAAUAUUCACUCCGAGUUAUCGAAGUAUAGCUGUUGCAUGUGCGUCGACUCUGCGAAGAAUGCUUCUGUGAUACCUUGUGGCCACGUCUACUGCUGGUAUUGCAUCACGGGCUGGUUGAGAACUAACAAACAGUGCCCUUUGUGCAGAAUGCCUUGUGAACCACAGCAAACAGUACUGCUUCAGAAUGUACGGUGACUUUGUAUGCAGCACGUGAUGCGAACACAUCUCUUCUGACUACAACCACUUACUGAAAAGGAAACGGCCAAAACUUCUCUAGAGACUCACAAGUCCUAAAAAUGUUAACAUGGUACUGAAGCAUUCGGACUGAAGAUUUAUAAUGGGAUUUUGAUGCCGAGGUGACCUCGCAUUUCCUUUUCCAUUUGCGUGUUGGUGACGGCAGUUACUUGUUAGAAGCCAGCUAACCCGCACUAUGUCGCUUAUUUUGGAGAUAUUGUGGCUGGCCAGCUUCAAUAAAUGCCGCAUUGAUGAAUUGACAAAACUGUGUUAUACUAUGUGCAAGAUUUCCUGACAUAUUUGUUGAAUAUUCUGACUCAUGGUGUCAGCCUGAUGCACUGUGGGUCACAUGAACAAUAAGGCAAGAAAGUCUUGGCAUUUGUUUGGCAUAACACCUGCUUUCGCAGCAUUCGAAGUGAAGUUAUUUUAAGCAAAUGAUAUUGCUAUUUGUGUGGCAUUCACCCAGUAGUUGUGUUGCUGCUGCUGUUUGUAUGCACCAGGGCAUACACAGUGCAGUUGCUCAAUCAGUACAUUGUUCUGUUGCUGGGAGCGAUGUUGCAGGUUUGAUUCCCAGCCAUGGUGGGUACAUUUUGAUUGGGGUGGAAUGCAAGAACACUUAUGUAGUUAGGUAUAGGUCUGAGUGGGAAAACCCAAGCUUGUAAUAAACACUGUAACCAAUUAAUCCUAAAAUUUCCUCUAACACAUUUACACUAGACAUUGUUUACUCUAGCUACAGUACUUGGGUGUCAAAGCCAAUGCAGCAAUAAGUACCAGGCAAGACAAUUUCUCUUUGUUUGUUUACAUUGGGCAGUGAUAUGUCUGCCCUUUUUUUUUUUUUUGAGCCACUAGCAACCAAUGCGGUCAGCACUUUUUUUUUUUCCUCAGGAAAUGUAAAACCACGAACCGGUUGUGUGGUUCAUUCACUGAUUAGUUCACAAUUUGCUGGUAGUACAAGUGUUAAAAAUGUCCUGUGGGUUUGUGUGAUGUGCAGUUUUUAUCAAACAUACCAUUUCUUUUUAUGAUGAUGCUUAGGCAUUGCACAUAAUGCAUGCAUGUACCAGUCAAGCUACAAUGAACUGACCACACUGAAUGGCACCAGUGAGGAAGCUGUAGCACGUGCACAACCACCACCCAUGUUACAAGUGCGAAAUACAAGGUGGCUAGUGCCAUGAUAGAUCAGUAAUUUCUUGGGCCACCAUGGCUCUCUUAAUUCUUUUCAUGGUGGUUCUCUUUCUAAUGAAAAUGAGGUUGUAGAUUUGAAUGCUUGCCUCAAGGCAGCCACAUCCUGGUUGUGGUAGAAUGGGAAAGCAUUCUUUUAUGUAACCUUAGGUGCACAUUGAAGAACCUCAGUCAACCAAAGUGAAUCCAUAUCUUCACUUUACUAAGUGGCUUGGGGCGGGGAGGGGGGUAACAUGUUUGGUGUGCCCCACCUCCCUGGCUACUUCUGUGACUUUCAGCAUUUUGUAACUCAGUGAAGCAUUGGGAUAUUGCAGCCACUCAAUAAAUGCCAUUUUUACCAAACUAAAAGCUGAACUGGGCAGGUUUUGGGCCUUCGACGACUGUGCUAGAUCAUAAAUGUUGGAGAAUGGAAAAGGUGCCCUGUAUAUUUUUAGUAAACAAUAAAAGCUUGUGCUUGCGCCACA